GAUCAUUCAGACUCGAGCGUUUGUACAAGCCUCAACCAGUUCGUCACCGGAUAACUCUCAACGUUUACUGAAAAUCUUCACUCAUCAGUACUUGAAAAAGUUUACAAUUCUCAUCUGUAAAAAGUACAAAUUCACGAAAUAUCACAAUGGACGCAAUGGCAAACAAAAUUGAAACGAUCAAAAGCGAUCUCCUUGAGCUCAGUAACUUUUUGGAAGCAUCCACUCGUACUCGAACAAAAAAUCUUUUAACGACUGAAAUUAAGAAGCUACAACAGGAGAUGAUUGACUUGACCAAUCCUAGCUUGAAGGCACCAAAACCCACCAUGAAAUUCGAACCAAAACUUGGGUACGACGUCAAACUCACCAAUUAUGCUUGGGAUCAAUCCAAAGAGAGUGUGAAGAUUUACGUUACUCUGAAAGGUGUCAAGAAUGUGGCCAAUGAUUCUGUAUCUUGUCAUUUCACUGAGCGCUCAAUGAACUUGCAAGUCAAUAACUUGGACUUGAAAAACUAUUAUCUCCACAUCAAUAAUUUGUGCGAAGACAUUGAUCCAAGCAAGAGCAGUUUUAAAAUAAAAACUGACAUGGUUGUUGUAACUAUGAUAAAGAAAAAUAAAAAGGAUUGGGCAGCAGUUACAAGUGUUGAAAAAUCUAUCAAAGAUGCCAAAGACUUCAAAAAGAAGAAUGACUAUGACUCGAGUGAUCCUAGUGCUGGUUUGAUGAGUAUAAUGAGUAAAAUGUAUCAGGAGGGUGAUGACGAGAUGAAAAGAACAAUCGCCAAAGCUUGGUCAGAGAGUCAAGAAAAAAAAUUAAAGGGAGAGAAAAUGGAAAUGUAGAUAUGUUUGAAUAAUUUGACAAAAACCUAAACAUGUAAAACCUUUAUAAAAUAAUGUAAUUAUUUCGUCUAUUAUAAUAGGAGUUUAUACAUUUGCAUAUUUUUUUUAAGUUUUUAUCUAAUUUUUAAUGUAUAGUUUUACUAUUGAAUUAUUUAAGAU